CUCCAGAGGAUGAAGCUGAGACCACCCAAGCAGCGCCCACCAUGACCCCUGAGCCCCCCAUCAAGCCUCGCCUGGGGGAGCUGACUGUGACUGACGCCACCCCCGAUUCCCUCAGCCUGUCCUGGACGGUCCCCGAGGGCCAGUUUGACCACUUCCUGGUCCAGUACAGGAAUGGGGAUGGGCAGCCCAAGGCGGUGCGGGUGCCGGGGCACGAGGACGGGGUCACCAUCUCAGGCCUGGAGCCAGACCACAAGUACAAGAUGAACCUGUAUGGCUUCCACGGUGGCCAGCGCGUGGGUCCCAUGUCUGUCAUCGGGGUGACGGCUGCAGAGGAAGAAACUCCUGCCCCCACAGAACCCAGCACGGAGGCCCCGGAGCCCCCUGAGGAGCCGCUCCUGGGGGAGCUGACAGUGACAGGAUCCUCCCCUGACUCGCUGAGCCUCUCCUGGACCGUUCCCCAGGGCCACUUCGACUCCUUCACCGUGCAGUACAAGGACAGGGACGGGCGGCCCCAG